AUGGAGCAACAGUCGAACAGGUCCCAUCGGCCUGCGAAGGAGAAGAAGAAGUAUGAAGGAGCCAAUCCAAAGGCCUUUGUCACAUCCAGGCCUGGCAAGCUUAACAAGCAGGCUGCCCGAUCACACGAUGUCAAGGAAAAGAGACUUCAUGUCCCCCUUGUGGAUCGCAUGCCUGAGGAGGCACCUCCUACUAUCGUCGCUAUCGUUGGACCCCCGGGAGUUGGCAAGACCACUUUGCUUAAAUCUCUGAUCCGCCGCUACACCAAGCAAACCCUCAGCUCGCCUCAAGGACCAUUGACCGUUGUCACGACCAAGCGCAAGCGUAUCACUUUCCUCGAAUGCCCCUCCGACUCCCUCGCGGCUGCCAUCGAUGUCUCCAAGAUCGCAGAUAUCGUCUUGCUCAUGAUCGACGGAAACUUUGGCUUCGAGAUGGAAACCAUGGAGUUCUUGAACGCCCUCUCCACAGCCGGUAUGCCCGGUAACGUCUUCGGUAUUCUUACUCAUCUUGAUCAAUUCAAGAAGCAGAGCACUCUCAAAGAUGCCAAGAAGCGCCUGAAGCACCGUUUUUGGAGCGAGCUUUACUCCGGCGCUAAGUUGUUCUACUUGUCCGGAGUUAUCAACGGCCGUUACCCCGAUCGUGAGGUGCACAACUUGUCCCGAUUCUUGUCGGUCAUGAAAAACCCCCGUCCGAUCAUCUGGCGCAACUCCCAUCCGUACUCACUCGCCGAUCGCUUCUUGGAUAUCACGCCGCCUACCCAGAUCGAGGCGAACCCCAAGUGUGACCGUACUGUCGCUCUCUACGGUUAUCUCCGUGGUACAAACUUCCCAGCCCAUGGUGCUCGAGUUCACGUUCCUGGUGUUGGUGAUUUGACCGUGAGCGGAAUUGAAGGCUUGCCAGAUCCGUGCCCAACCCCUUUCAUGGACCAGCAGAUCGCCAAGGUGACAGGAAAGUCAAAAGCCCGUAAGCUGGGCGAGAAGUCCAAACUGCUUUUCGCUCCGAUGUCCGAUGUCGGUGGUGUCUUGGUUGACAAGGAUGCUGUCUACAUCGAUGUUAAGACCAACACUUUCGACCAUGAUUCGGACGAAGAUACGGACGACGAAGAGCGCCGUGGUCUUGGUGAGCAGCUUGUCGUUAACCUUCAGGGUGAGCGCAAGAUGCUUGGUGAGGGUGAUCAGGGUGUUCGUCUGUUCCGUGGUGGCGAGGCUAUCGCUCAAGCGGAUGAUGAUGAGACUGGUCGCAAGGGUCAACGCCGCGCUCGCAUCGCUGAAAUUGAACAUGACGACCAAGAGCUUGAAGGAAACGAUGGUUCCGACAGCGAAGAGGAAAGCCCGGAGUUCGAUGGGGACGAGAGCGACGACGAUGACGAAGGCGAACUCGAUAUGUCUGCACCGGACGACUUUGAGGCUCGCUUCAAGGCCAAGCAAAACGGCAAGGCUGGAAAGACUGACGAGGAGGAAGAUCUGGCCUUCGCUGACAGUGACUCUGACCUUGGCUCCAUCUCUUCCGUCGAAGACCAGGAACUUGAGAGCGGCGAUGAAGAUGAAGAUGAAGAUGAAGAUGAAGAUGAAGACGACGAGGAGAAUGGGGAUGAACAGGAUGAGGAUGAUGAGGAAGACGAGGAAGAUGAAGAGGGCAAUGUACGUUGGAAGGACAACAUGCUUGCCAACGCCAAAGCUCUCCACGGAAAGCGCCCUCCGUUCCGAGUCACCGAUUUGUCACGAAUGAUGUACGACACUUCAAUUUCUCCGGCCGAUGUCGUUAGGCAAUGGCGCGGCGAGGACUCUGACGACGAGGACGAAGAAGAAGAUGGAACCGCUGACGACGAGGGCGACGAAUUCUUCAAGAAGACACACAACGAGAAGAAGGACCAAGCCGACUUCCGUGCCGUCCCCGAGUACGACUACGAUGAACUGGAGCGAAAGUGGCGUGACGAGGAGUUGCUUGAAUCUAUCAGAUCUCGCUUCGUUACCGGUAAGCUGGGCGGUGGCGGCUCAGAUGAUGACGAGGACAUGGAUGAUGACCUCGACGAGGAUGAUGAAGAUGAGGGUGAUGGCGACUACGAGGACUUGGAAUCCGGUGAAGUCUUCAACGGCAUCAAGGAUGAUGAUGAGGAAGGUGACGAAGAUGAAGACGAUGAAGAGGGUGAGGAUGAGUCCAAGGAGCCAGAGGAUCUCGAGGCCGAGCGUGAACGAAAUGCCAAGAAAAAGGAGGAGCUCAAGCUUCGCUUCGAAGAAGAAGAUCGUGAAGGUUUCGGGAACGCCAAGGACGGGACGCGUGAUGGACUCGAAGGCGAGUUUGGUGAAGACGAUUGGUAUGAUCUGCAGAAGGCGAAGAUGCAAAAGCAGACCGAUAUCAACCGCGCCGAAUUCGACAACCUCGACCCAGCCUCCCGUGCCCGUGCCGAAGGUUAUAAAGCCGGUACCUACGCCCGCAUUGUCCUCGAGAACGUUCCCUACGAGUUCGUCUCCAAGUUCAACCCUCGUUUCCCUGUCAUUGUUGGUGGUCUUUCUCCUACCGAGGAUCGUUUCGGUUACGUGCGCAUUCGUAUCAAGAGACACCGUUGGCACAAGAAGAUUCUGAAGAGUAACGAUCCAUUGAUCUUCUCGCUUGGUUGGCGACGAUUCCAGACCAUGCCUAUCUACUGUACCACCGACAGUCGAACCAGAAACCGUAUGCUCAAGUAUACUCCUGAGCAUAUGCAUUGUUUCGCUACCUUUUACGGUCCUCUUGUCGCACCCAACACUGGUUUCUGCUGCGUGAACUCGUUCUCUAACAAGAACCCCGGUUUCCGUAUUGCUGCGACCGGUGUCGUUGAGAGUGUCGACGAGCACACGGAAAUUGUCAAGAAGCUCAAGCUCACUGGUCACCCUUACAAGAUCUUCAAGAACACCGCCUUCAUCAAGGAUAUGUUCAACUCUUCUCUCGAAAUUGCCAAGUUCGAGGGCGCCUCUAUCAAGACAGUCUCUGGUAUCCGUGGUCAAAUCAAGCGUGCGCUUGCCAAGCCCGAUGGUUGCUUCCGUGCUACUUUCGAGGACAAGAUCUUGAUGAGUGAUAUCGCCUUCCUACGUGCCUGGUACCCCAUCAAGCCUCACCGCUUCUACAACCCCGUGACCAACCUGCUCGACCAGGUUGAGGGCGAAAAGGGUGACAGCGGAUGGCAGGGUAUGCGUUUGACCGGUGAGGUCCGUCACGCUCAGGGUAUUGCCACACCCCAGAUCAAGGACUCUGCCUACCGCCCCGUCGAGCGUCAAGCCCGUCACUUCAACCCACUCCGCGUUCCCAAGCAGCUGGCUGCCGAGCUUCCCUUCAAGUCUCAGAUCACCAAGAUGAAGCCCCGCAAGGACCAGACAUACAUGCAGAAGCGUGCCGUCGUCCUUGGAGGCGAGGAGAAGAAGGCCCGCGAUCUCAUGCAGAAGCUCACCACCAUGCGUAACGAGAAACAGGCCAAACGUUCCGCCAAGCAGGAAGAGCGCCGCAAGGUCUACCGGAAGAAGGUUGCUGACGGUCUGGAGAAGAAGGCUGAACGUGAGAAGAGAGAGCGCAAUGAUUACUGGCGCAAGGAGGGCAAGAAGCGCAAGAACCCCGACGAGGAAGGCGGUGGUGGCCGCUUCAAGAAGCGCAAGUGA